AUGGCGCGCAGCCGCAACUACAACCAGCCAGGGCAGUACCGGGGAGUGAGGAAGCGCGGGGAAUUUCGUUACGUUGCAGAGAUUAAAGACACCAAGGCUGGGUUCCGCAGGUGGCUGGGUACGUUUCCUUCCGCGGAGGAAGCCGCCCGCGCGUUUGACGAAGCUGCUUUGAGUAUCCGAGGAUCAAAGGCAAAGCUUAACUUCCCGAGGCAUAUUCAGAGAAGGGGAGGGGUAGUAGGUUCUGAUUCUGUAGAGAUUUUAGGAGCAACGGCUGGGAUGGAAGCAGCAGGAAGGGAUUCAGGGGUGGAUGGUGGAGGAAUAGGUAUGGGAGGGCAAACACAUCAUGGGCUGGUGCAAUUGUGGGACUGGGAGGAGGAGGAGGAGGAGGAGGAGGAGGAGGAGGAGGAGGAGGAGGAGGAGGAGGAGGAGGAGGAGGAGGAGGAGGAGGAGGAGGAGGAGGAAGAGGAGGAGGAGGAGGAGGAAGAGGAGGAGGAGGAGGAGGAGGAGGAGGAGGAGGAGGAGGAGGAGGAGGAGGAGGGGAAGGAGGAGGAAGAGGAGGAGGAGGAGGAGGAGGAGGAGGAGGAGGAAGAGGAGGAGGAGGAAGAGGAGGAGGAGGAGGAGGAGGAGGAGGGGAAGGAGGAGGAAGAGGAGGAGGAAGAGGAGGAGGGGUAG